GAUUUCAUUCAUAAGACUGGGAGCUACGGCCACGGCAGGGACACGCGGCACGGGGACUCGGGGACUUGCUUGUUGUGGAUCUUCUUCUGGGGGCGCUCGGACUUCGGCUGCUUGUCUUCUUUUCCGGAGAGAAAGUUUUUUUAUUUCCCCCUCGCAGGAUUCUUCUCGGUUCGUUCUACGUUUGGUUGCGGCGGAUUCGACUUACUUUUCUUUCGCCUUCUUUUUAUUACUCCCCUCCCCCCGUGGGGCCCGCCGGACGCGUGGACGCAACCUCACCCGAAACCGAUUCGGUACGACAGGACAGCAUCUGUCGCUUCUGGGGGAGCGAUCCCCCCCAACAUCCGUGAACCCUAGGGAGCCUGGACUUUCAGGAGAUACAGCGGCAUCGUGUGCGGUCCGGACCCCGCUGAAGAACUGUACGGAAACUUUGCCACGGUCAGCGUGGGACGUCUCCCUUCCCGGGACAGCGCACGAACUUUGGGGACGCGCUUGGCUCAGCACCUUUCUUUCCCCACCCGGCCAUAGCCUUGGCUUCCCGGCGACCUCAGCGUGGUCACAGGGGCCCCCCUGUGCCCAGGGAAAUGUUUCAGGCUUUCCCCGGAGACUACGACUCCGGCUCCCGGUGUAGUUCCUCACCCUCCGCCGAGUCUCAGUAUCUGUCUUCGGUGGACUCCUUCGGCAGCCCGCCCACCGCCGCCGCCUCCCAGGAGUGCGCCGGUCUCGGGGAAAUGCCCGGUUCCUUCGUGCCCACGGUCACCGCCAUCACCACCAGCCAGGACCUCCAGUGGCUCGUGCAACCCACCCUCAUCUCUUCCAUGGCCCAGUCCCAGGGGCAGCCCCUGGCCUCACAGCCCCCGGCCGUUGACCCCUAUGACAUGCCGGGAACCAGCUACUCCACGCCGGGCCUCAGCACCUACAGCAGCGGGGCAGCCAGUGGUGGCCCUUCCACCAGUGGGACCUCCAGUGCACCCGGGCCCGUGCGCCCCACCCGAGCCCGGCCCAGAAGACCCCGAGAGGAGACGCUUACUCCGGAGGAAGAGGAGAAGAGAAGGGUGCGCCGGGAACGGAAUAAACUGGCAGCUGCCAAGUGCAGGAACCGUCGGAGGGAAUUAACUGAUCGACUCCAGGCGGAGACAGACCAACUGGAGGAAGAAAAGGCCGAGCUGGAGUCGGAGAUCGCCGAGCUCCAAAAGGAGAAGGAGCGUCUGGAGUUUGUGCUGGUGGCCCACAAACCGGGCUGCAAGAUCCCCUACGAAGAGGGGCCGGGCCCGGGCCCCCUGGCGGAGGUGAGAGAUUUGCCGGGGUCUGCGGCCGCCAAGGAAGACGGCUUCAGCUGGUUGCUGCCGCCCCCGCCACCGCCGCCCCUGCCCUUCCAGCUCGGCCAGGACGCACCCCCCAACCUGACGGCUUCUCUCUUUACACACAGUGAAGUUCAAGUCCUGGGCGACCCUUUCCCCGUUGUUAACCCUUCGUACACUUCCUCGUUUGUCCUCACCUGCCCGGAGGUCUCCGCGUUCGCCGGCGCCCAACGCCCCAGCGGCAGUGACCAGCCUUGCGACCCCCUGAGCUCGCCCUCCCUUCUUGCUCUGUGAACUCAUAGACACAAAACAAACAUACACACACACACACACAAGGGAGAGAGACUGGGACGAGAAGGAGAAGGAGGAGGAGGAGGAGGAGGAGAGAGAGAGGGGAAGCCCCGAGCUGGCGGUGUGGCCUUCCUGCCUCUUCUGUCGGACUCGGCUGCCACUGCCAUCGGACAGGACUCCCUGGCGUUGCGCCGCCUCUUGCGUUCUGCGGCCCCGGCGAGGCCCAAGAGCUGGUGACUUUGGGGGCGGGAUGGUGGGGGGACCGGGAGGGGCUGCAGGAGGACCCUU